CGUGGCCAGCGGUCAGUCGACACCCUGCGGCCGCCCGGUCGAUCCGCGGACAUGGCUGCCUGACGCCAUUCUUCGAUAUAAACCGUGGGACCCUCAAAACGACGCCAUGACGGAAGAUAUACCCGAUACGGGCGCGGUGUUCACUUUCGGCAAGUCGCACUUCGCCGACAAUGAGCCGAGCCACUUCUUCAUCAAGAACGACCCUGUCGUUGCCAUCUCCUGCGGCGACGAACACAGUGCAGUUAUAUGCCAGAAUGGGCGCGUGUUUGUGUUUGGCGCCAACGCGUGGGGGCAGCUGGGGCUGGGGCACAAGGACGAGGUGACGCGGCCCAGCUGCGUCAAGUGGCUCAAGCCGCACCGCGCCAUGUUCGUGGCCUGCGGCCGCGCGCACACCGUCUUUGUCACAGACACCAGCGCAGUGUACUCUGUGGGCUGCAACGACGAAGGUCAGCUGGGCACGGGCGACAUGGAGCACCAGAGCGUGCCGCAGUUCGUGGAGCUGGAUGUGGACCAGAACAUCAAGCAGGUCUCCGCGGGCAGCAACCAUACCGCGCUGCUCACUGAGGACGGGCGCGUGUUCGUGUGCGGGUCCAACUCGGAGGGGCAGCUGGGUCUGGGCGAGGCGGCGCGCUCGUGCGUCACCUUCACCGAGCUCAAGUUCGUGGAGAAGAUCGCGUUCGUCGAGUGCGGCUACUACCACACCGUGUUCAUUACCGCGGGAGGCGCAGUGUUCGUCACUGGCGAUAACGAACACCAAAAACUGGGUAUCCCCGACAUGACGACAAUCUACGCGCCGCUAGUGUUGCCCCUCGACGUACAGAUCAAGAGCGCGUGCUGCGGCGCCAACCACACCUUCCUCUUGUCUAUGGACGAGGCUAAGAUACUCGCGUUUGGAUCCAAUGAGAAGGGACAGCUAGGGUUGCCGAAAGACAUAGACUAUGUUAGGGUACCCACUGAGGUGGACAUGGAGAAACUGUUUGAUGGGUACCAGUUGAAGCUGGUCGCUUGUGGGGCCAUGCAUACAGCUUUUGUUACAGACAAUGGCCUACUUUACACAUGCGGCGAAUCGCGCCACGACAAACUGUGCUUAGAAGCAAUCGAAAUUGACAAUAGUAAUGAGGAUACACACAAUCAAUACCUGCCGAAGCGGGUCACCGCUAUGAAUGGAUUCGUAGUCGACAACGUCGCCUGCGGUGGCUGCCACACUCUACUCACGGCCACCAAAGGCUCUAACGCUGACUUUAGUAACAACGACUUCAGUAUUAUCAACGAAGACAGACAGAUAUCCUUAACCGAACUUCCACCGUUACAAAAAGUCCCAGCCAUGGCUAAAGCUGACAACGUUCUCGAAGAUAUAACAAAUUCAAAUAUCAACAGACAUAGUAGCACUGACCUUAUGAAUGGAAACGUAGAAGAGAUAGCCUCACUAACGUCUUUGGAGGCAAAUGUUAGCGGAUCCCACAUAGUAAACAUAAACGAUCUCGAAAUAGACAACGUAAGUAAAGGAAGUAUGAACGAAAUACCGAAUAUAGUUAAAGAUGAAAUGGAUACAUUGGAAAAAGAUGUUGAUAAAGUUAUGGGAAGUGCUGCAACUGGCGUGGGCAAAGUUGUGGAGAGUGUGGGAAAAAAUGUGGGAAAUGUUAUGGAGAGUGUAGAAAACAAUGCAAACAAAGUUAAGGAAAAUGUAGAAACAAUGCUCGCUAAAGGCAAGGAUGAAUUGGAAAACGUCGCUCAACAGGGAAAGAAUGAAAUUGAAAAUUUCACUAAAGGUGUAACGGAAACAAUUCACACAAAAUCUGAAGCUGUUGAAGAUAUUUUCAAAAAAACAAUAGUGGAUAGAGCUCCCGGUCUACACAGUGACGAAAGAAAAGUUUUAGAAGUUCCCGAUAAAUUGUCAGAAAUAGCCAACUCUCCGCCACCAAAAACACCAAUUAUACAGGAUUUGUUAAACAUUCCUGACAUAUCACAAAUGAGUCCCAAUUUAAGUAGAAAAAGUGACGAUGGACAAAAAAGCGAAACUGGCCAGUCUGAAAAUGAAACAAUACCUUGUGGCUCGGACAAAUCCAGUCCUCCGGACAAAAUUGCUAAAACUCAAGCUGUGAUACCAAUAGUGCGCAGCGAAGACCACAUCGACGCUGAUGAUAUGCGCAACUGCGAAGACACGGACGUGGUGGUCAACAAACUCGAGGAGAAAGGACGCUUCGCGCGCAUGUUCCAAUCUAUAAAAGACAAGGAGAACUCGUGCAUGGGCAAAGGGAAGGUUAUCGAAGAGAAAGUCGUAGAAAACGUACACAAAGGAAUAGAAACAGCCGAGGAAUCCGUACACAAGGUAGAACAACGGGUAGAGACUGAAAUCAGAAACCAGACCAGUUCUAGAACUUGCACUAUUUUAUAAAUUACAACAACAAUUACUAUAAUUAU